UGAUCGAUGCUAGUCUAUAAAAUGGAAAAUCCUUCAUUUGAGAUUGAAACUAUACCCAUCAUUUUAAGCAAUGUUUGCUGAUUAAUAGCAUCUAUCAUCCGAAAUGAGUCUCUUUCCUUUUUUAAUUUACGCCCUUUUCUGGGCUACUGUUUCACGUAGUGAAGUGUUCAUAGUCCGAGUCCAAAACGACCUGAAACCGCCACAACACUCCAUAAACCAUGAAUGGUACGCUUCUACCCUCAACACUCUGUCUGCAACAAACGACUCCCUCCAUUACGUCUACAACACUGUCUUUCAUGGCUUCUCCGCCGACCUCACCACACAACAAGCCAACCAGCUACGCCAGCGUCCAGAAAUAGUAAGCGUUUUCCGUGACAGACUCCUCAAACAUCAUACAACUAGGUCUCCUGCCUUCCUCGGCCUCAACACAAACGAAACCAACGACCAGGGCAUUCUGAAACUGUCUGAUUCCGGUGCCAACGUCAUCAUCGGUGUUAUCGACAGCGGCAUAUGGCCAGAACACCGCAGCUUCCACGACCAUGGCCUCGGACCAAUCCCUUCACAUUGGAAAGGCCGCUGCCUACCCGGAGAUUCCGAAAAUGCCGCCACCUUUUGCAACAGAAAGCUCAUCGGAGCAAGAUACUUCACCCGAGGCAUCAACAACGAAACUGAAGUUUCUUCCGCUAGAGACGACGUUGGCCAUGGAACACACACGGCGUCAACUAUGGCUGGACGACACGUCGGAAGCGCAUCUUUCCUCGGCUUCGCCAAAGGUGUUGCAUCUGGAAUGGCCCCAAAAGCACGACUUGCAGUCUACAGAGUGUGUGGGAAGACAGGGUGUGCGCAAUCCGACGUACUCGCCGGUAUCGAACAGGCCGUACAGGACGGCGUCGACGUCAUCUCUAUGUCCCUCGGCGGCGACUCCUCCUUGCCGUACGAUAAGGAUCCGAUUGCAAUCGCCACAUUCGCCGCAACCGAGAAAGGCAUUGUCUGUUCGGCCUCUGGAGGCAAUGCGGGCCCAGAUCACGGCACCGUGACUAACGUCGCACCGUGGAUCACCACCGUCGGUGCAAGCACGAUUGACCGUGAUUUUCGGGCCGAUUUAGUGCUUGGUAAUGGACGCGUCAUCGCUGGUUGUUCUCUCUACCAUGGCACUUGGCCGGAGAAGACAUCCGCACCGUUGGUUUACACCGGUGGGAUAUGCAUGGAGCUUACCAAUAAGAAACGCAUCCCCGACUUCGUCCGAGGAAACAUCGUGGUUUGCAAUUAUAUCAGCACGGUUUUCCCUGAAGAUUUCGACAGGAUCAGGAAUGCUGGUGCGGUCGGAAUGGUCGGGAUUGAACAAAACGACCUAUUGGCAAUUCCAUAUUCUAUUCCUGCACUGGCGAUCAGACGAUCAGCCCGUGACGAACUUCUCCGGUAUAUGAACGUCACCAAGAAUGCACGUGCAGCAAUGCGCUUCCUUGGGACCGUUACAGGGGUGAAGCCUGCACCGGUGGUAGCCGACUUUUCGUCGCGAGGACCCAAUCUGUUGUCUCCGUUUGUUGUGAAGCCCGAUGUCAUAGCGCCGGGUGUCAACAUCUUAGCGGCUUGGCCGCAAUUCGAUGGUUUUUCCGAUUUCAGUAUAAUGUCAGGGACGUCCAUGUCUUGCCCCCACGUGUCGGGAAUAGCUGCAUUGUUGAGAGGGGCCCGCCCUAGCUGGUCUCCCGCCAUGAUCAAAUCGGCAAUGAUGACCACGGCUUACACAAAGUAUCGCGACGGAGGGCCGCUGCUAGAUGAGUUGCAUCGCCACCAGGUGGUGUGGGGGAUCGGUGCCGGACACGUGGAUCCUCAGAAGGCGCUUGAUCCUGGUUUGGUGUAUGAUCUUAAGGCGGAUGACUAUAUCAACUUUUUGUGUGCGUCGAAUUAUAGUGACGAACAAGUUAGGGCAAUCACACAAAAGACUACUGCAUGCAAGGGCAGGAAAGGCUUCACUCAACCGUGGGAUUUCAACUACCCAGCUAUAUCGCCGGUUUUUGAUGUGACGCGGUGGCCAAAAUCGGAGGAUGUAAUUGUUCGGAAAAGUGUUACAAAUGUUGGUGAAGGUUCCUCCACUUACAUUGUACGUAGUGUCAUCAAUCCAUUUGGGGUCAAGGUUCGUGUUAUUCCUCCUAUUUUAAAGUUUUCGAGGAAAGGUGAAAUUCAGAGUUAUGUUGUCAAGUUUACGGCUGAUAAGAAUGUGGGAGUGCCGCGACAUGGGAAUGUGGCUUUUGGCCAGCUGAUUUGGACAGAUGGGAAACAUAAGGUUUCUUCACCGAUUACGGUGACAUAUAUGGGAUAGUGGUUCCAAGUUCAAAUAAAUGCCCAGUUAAUAUUGCAACUAAUGUAGGGUUAAGCGGACAUAUAGACAUUGCAGUGUAUGCUAUGAUCAAGCUAGUAGAUUAAUUCAUGGCUGAAUUAGGACAAUUUUUGUAGAGUGGUUGCAAAGAAAAUUUCUAGCUUGUAGAAUGCUUCUUGUUCUGAA